AGUCAGUAUAUUUAUGGUCUAUUUUGAAAAUGAGACGGUAUAUUUCGGUAUAUUUCUAAUUGUCAGACCGUAUACUUCAUCGAUAUCGCGGUCACACUGUCAAUCACUUUUCAACAAAAAAGUUUGCAACGAAUAAAAGAUGCUGUCGCAAUCAAUUCUGACUGGUGUGCGUGUGCUCCGCACGGAGGCUCGCCGGAACUUUGGCCUGGCUGCCCCAGCCCUGAACAAGGUGUCCGAUCCCAUCCAGCAGCUGUUCCUCGACAAAGUGCGCGAGUACAAGCAGAAGAGCACCGGUGGCAAACUGGUCGAUUCGAAUCCCGAGAUUGAACGCGACAGGAAGACGGAACUGGACCGUGUGGCCAAGCAGUUCGGCAGCGAUGGCAAGACCGAUAUGCUCAAGUUCCCCGAAUUCACGUUCCCCGAGGUCAAGAUUGAUCCCAUCACCCAGAGCGCCAACUAAACUAUCCGCAGAUAUAUUCGUGUGAAUUAGUUAAAUUGUUUUUAAGUUCUCCCUUUCUCUGCUUAGCAAGAGAGUGCGCUCCCACAGGAGAGGAUUGCAUCCACAAAUAAAUCCGGAAAACAUCAACAAA